AUGUCGGACGAAGGCGACGACACUUCAAAUUAUGAUCAAUUGAUUUCUUCGAAGGAAUGGGAGCGCAUGAGCGAAAAUUUUGGAAAUGCAAAGGGCAAAGAUAUAACGAUUCAAAGGGGAUUUGAUAGGGGUUAUGCUGAAGGAGCUGUAGUCGGCAAGGAGAUUGGUAGACUGAGGGGAAUUUUGAACACUUUGCAGGAAUUCUAUUCGCCCUUAAUUGAUGUCGACGAUGAGGACAUCAAAGAUAUAUCUCGUCUACCAGAUGAAUCCACACUCGAUAGAAUCAAGCAUUUAGAAAACAAGCUUGCAUGUUUGACCUUUGAUAAGCUUUUCGCUAAUGACCACUUUCAGUUGACUUUAACAUCCGAGGAAAGCCUUAGCGAUCCACAGGAGGUUGCGGACGCAAAUGCUGUCACGCACGAGACAUGCAGCUGUCAAGAUGUUAGUCAGUGUGAAUGUGGCAGUUCUUGUGAAGAGAGGAAGCACGAAGGUCCUGAAUACAGUGAACGAAGCACAUAUUCAUCUUCCCGAAACUCUGAUAUAGAGAAUUCUGCCUUUCAAACUUUGAAGGAAUAUCGUGAGGAGAUUGAUCAAAUAUUGUCUGAACUUGGAUUCACCGUUUGA